AUGACUUCUGUGGUGGAGUCUUCUACCACAAUAGAUGAUGAAUCAACGUCGACUACAUUAAAACGACGUCGAUCAUCAACUACAAUUCCAAAUGAGACAGACACGGACGAAAUGCCGUUUAAACGCGUUCGUUCUUCAUCUUCUUCUACUAAUCAGUUACCAUCCGAUACAAAUACCCUUCCAUCCAUGUUCACAUGUCUUAAUAACAUAGUUCAAUGUCAUCGUAAUCUAGUUCGCGACUAUGUAAAUUUACAAAUGUGUGAUCGUCCUGAUUUAUCAUUAGAUGAACAACGUUUUAUUCAAGCUGAAGAAGAUCUUAUUGAGAAAGUUGAAAAGAAUCUCCAUGAUAUUAAUCAUGUACCAUCGACGCCACCUUCACGAAACGGUAAACGUCAACGAUACCAAUCGAUGAAUUCCACAAGUCAAUCUGUUGAUCGUGUUAAACAUGAAACACUUAUCUUAAAGCGAAUAGAUGAAUUAAAAGCUGAUGGUAAAUGGACGAAUCAACGUUUAGCGAAAUGUUUAGAGCCAAACAAACGUAAAACACAUUGGGAUUACCUGCUCGAUGAAAUGCGUUGGUUAGCUGAAGAUUUCGAACUAGAGAAACGUUGGAAACAAGCAAUGGCAAAGAAGCUUUCUCUAGCGGUUCUCAAAUAUUUUCGCGAUAAACAAAACCUUGAACAGCAACAACAACACGACGAAAUCAAACAUUUACGUAAACAUGCACAAUUUGCAUGCCGAGAAGUAAUGCAUUUCUGGAAAAAUAUCCAUAACAUCGCUGAAUAUAAAGCAAUAACACGUACACAACAACUAAGGAAAUAUCAGUUAGAUUUACCUUUGAAUAUCAGUGUCGAUCAACCAGAGAAAUAUUCUGAUUGGCUGGUACAAUCAUUGAGAAAUUCGGCUGUGCCACAUUUAAACAAUGAAAUCGACAUGGAUGAAGAGACCGAUGAUGAAGAAACUAUUGAACGUGAGGAACAAAACGAACCAGAUGAAUAUGAUUUGAAUGAAUUACAAGAAUUAAAAGAUGGUCAAGAAGAAUCGCUUGACACUCUAUUGAAACGUCACUAUGGAAUUGAUCUAUUAGAUUCAUCAAUGGAAAAUGCAGACAAUAAUUUCGAUGAUGGUCAAUUGUGUGAAGUACUUGAUGAUGAACUCGACGAACAAGAUCCUCCAUCAAAUCAAGAACCAAUUACAACCGAGAAACAAGUGGAAGAUCUUGCAUCAGCAGCUCAAUCAUUACAACCAACAGGUCUCACACUCCAGACAACUUCAGUUAACAUACCGGUGCCUUUUCUGCUUAAACAUUCAUUGAGAGAUUAUCAACAUGUGGGUUUCGAUUGGCUAGUUACAUUCUAUGAACAUAAACUCAAUUGUAUAUUAGCUGAUGAAAUGGGUUUAGGUAAAACAAUUCAAACCAUUGCCUUGCUUGCACAUUUAGCGUGUAAAAAAGGCGUUUGGGGUCCACAUUUAAUCGUUGUUCCAACGAAUGUUAUGCUUAAUUGGGAAUUAGAAUUGAAGAAAUGGUCUCCUGCAUUUAAAAUUUUGACUUAUCAUGGUUUCAUAGAAGAGUGUCAAGAAUGGACAAAUGUGAAUGCAUUUCAUAUUUGUAUUACAUCAUAUAAACUUCUUCUGCAAGAUACAAAACUUUUUCAACGAAAACAAUGGAAAUAUCUCAUUCUAGACGAAGCACAAAAUAUUAAAAAUUUUCAAUCACCACGAUGGCAAACAUUGUUAAACAUUCAUUCCCAACGUCGAUUAUUAUUGACUGGCACACCCUUACCAAAUUCAUUAGUAGAGUUGUGGUCGCUGAUGCAUUUUCUAAUACCAAAUUUACUUGCAUCACAUGAAGAUUUUCGUGAAUGGUUUCCAGAUUCGUCAACAGAAACGGAUGAUUCAAUAAUAAAGCGUUUGCACAAGACUUUAAGUGCGUUUGUUUUACGUCGUUCGACAAAUGAUGUGGAAAAACAACUGCCGAAUAAGCAUGAACAUAUUCUAAUGUGCCGUUUAUCGGAAAGACAAAGAGAAUUAUAUGAAAAUUUCAUUCAAUGUCAGUCAACACGUGAUACUAUUCAACAGGGGUCUUAUGUGUCUAUGAUGAAUAUACUUAUGCAAUUAAGGAAAGUUUGUAAUCAUCCAGAUCUAUUUGAACCAAGACCAAUCAUUUCACCAUUUGUAUUUCAAAAGCAUUCGAUUACAUGUGAUGUACCAACAUUAGUUACUGACCUUCGAUUCAAAAAUCCAUAUUUAGCCUUGAAUUCUUCGCGUAAUGAUGCAUUCUUUAGUUAUCGAAUUCAGUUUGCUUUACAAGCAACUAGAGAGAUGAUUAUGAACGCGAUCAACCACUUGAAUACGGAUGAUAUGGAUGAUGAUCAUCAUCUUCCGCGAAUCCAAUUAACAACAGAUAUUAUCGAACGAUAUAGAGAUGGAUCAGCAUGGUUUCAGACCAAUGGGAAGCUAAGAAAUCUUCGCACUCGUUCCAGGAUGAAACCAAGACUGUUAAUUGAAAGGCAAUUUCCAUCGGAUGAAAUAUACGAUGAGAUUUGUAAACAACGUGAAGAAGAACGUUUGACUCGUUAUGAAUUCUUAUGUGAAAUUAAUGCAGAACGAUGUCAAAAUUGUCCAUUAUAUGGUUCUGAUCUUCUUCAACAAAUUGAAUCAGUCAUGCAUCCAUGCUAUUCCUCAAAUCGAACGAUAUUCAAUGGUUAUGCAUUAUGUCAACAUGUUCAUCAAAGUUUAACAACGAUAAAAGAUUAUAUGUCAAUGACAAAUGCACUUCGAGCAUUAAUUAAACCGAAUCGAGAUAGGUUAGAUGAAUUGAAAGAUAUACUCGAUCGAUUUAUCCUGUGCACAGCACGUGUAUUAGCUUUUCCCGUUGAGUUGUCUCGACUGAAUGGAAUUUCUCAAACAACAAAAGCGACGACUGAAAAACCUUUAAUUGAAGUUCUAUCUUCGAUUGAUUUCGAUGUUCUCUCAUCAAUGAACGAUAUACAACAAAAUAUGCUACUACAAUUUCCUGAACGACAAUUGAUUGAAUAUGAUUGUGGAAAAUUACAAACACUUCAUCAGUUACUUUCUGAUUUCAAACAAAACGAACAUCGUUGUUUAAUUUUUACUCAAAUGACCAAAAUGCUCGAUAUUCUCGAAAGAUUUUUGAACUACCAUGCUUAUACAUACGUACGACUAGAUGGAACAAUGCCUGUCCUACAAAGACAAUUAUUGAUAGAACGAUUCAAUAGUGAUAACAAGAUCUUCGUUUGCAUUCUAUCGACACGUGCAGGAGGGAUUGAUGGGAAUUUAACCGGUGCUGAUACAGUUAUUUUUUAUGAUUCGGAUUGGAAUCCAAUAAUGAACGCCCAAGCACAAAAUCGAUGUCAUCGAAUUCGACAGGUGAAAGACGUCCAUAUUUAUCGACUCAUCAGUGAAAACACAGUGGAAGAAAAUAUCUUGCAAAAUGCCAAUCAAAAACAUUUACUCGGUGAUAUCACUGUCGAUGAUCGUAGUUUCGAUAUCAGUUAUUUUCAAAAGAAUCAUAUUCGUCAAUUAUUCGGUCAAUCAGUUGACGCUAAUCGAUCGUUGAGCACAACUGACGAAGAUCUAACUGCGACACAAUUUCAAGAAGCUAUUGCUUCAGUCGAAGAUGAAUCAGAUCGUCAAGCUGCUGAUGAAUUAAUCAAUGAAAUGAUAAACAAUAUGCAUGAAUUCAAUGAAGGAGAAACAAAUGAAGAACAAAUAACUGACAAACAACAUCAACGACAAAUGGACGAAGUUGAAGAAGAAUUACAAACACUUGAUGAUCAGCUUCGACCGAUUGAACGAUAUGUGUUACGUUGUUUGGAAACCAAUCGUGACGAAUAUGAUUUGACACAAAUGAAUUUUAAUAGCCAUUUUGAUACAGAUCAAAUUCGAAAAGAUUGGCAUUCAUCACGUUUGAAAGCAUUGAAAGAAGAAGAAGACAAACAACUUGAACAAGCAGAUGAUGAAAAGAUGUAUACAUAUGCACGGGACAACGAAAGAAAGAUUUGGGUUACGGAAGAUGGACAGAUGUUUGAGAUAUGGUGUGGUAUUAUAAUGAAGUAUUCAGCAGAUGAAGAUCAGGAAUUCUACAAUGAUGAUGAGCUUGAUAUUGGUUAUGAACAUGAAGCAAUGCUUAUCGAAUCAGAAGAAUACGUUCGGUUCCCAUUACCAAAAGCACUUGCUAAUGCAACGAAUGUGUCCAAAAUGGAUACGAAUAUUCUUGUGCCACGUUCGCUGUUCGAUCGAUCGAAUUUACUGCUCAAUACUCAGUCAUCCUCGUUAUCAACAAAUACAUUAAACAAACCAAAACAAACACCAACAAAUAAUAAAAUCUUUCCAGCAAAUGUUACCACUCCAACAACACCACCACAAGCAAAUACCAAAGCUCGUCAAUUGUAUGUUAACAAUGGUACAACCACAACUCCACUGCCGAAUACUUCGAAUUCGAACGUGAUUGUUUCGGCAUCAGCAUCAAAUACGCCGCGACCUGUCAAACUAGAAGAAAUCCUUUCAAAAGAUAACCUUCAAGGUUUAUUAGAAAUCGACAACAGCGAUUGGCUCAUAUCCGAAGAUUACAAAGUUUUGGACACCAUUCAAAAUAUUCAGCAAUUACCACUAUCAUCCAUGUCAUUCUCGAGUACCGCCAAUGCUAACAAACCACAAUCGAUGUCGUCCAACACAUCUUUAUCGUCAUCACCAUUAUUACCAUCAACACUGCCAUCGUCGUCAGCAUCCUCAUCAAUGGUAAAUAAUACCACAAAUGCACUGACGCAGAAUUGGGAUUUUAUUUCUGAUAACGUGAAUCGUUAUUCGCGUGUGUUACGUACGCCCAAACAAUGUAAACACCGUUUUGAACAAGUUAUCGGUCCACGAGAAGAAGGUCGGGUCGUGUACGAUCUCAUCAAAAAGAAGAAACAUGUCAUAAAAGGAUCUGUCAAAAUGUCAGAUGAUAACUGGCAAAUGUUACGUACAAAUCAACUAUUUGUUCAUGAUAAUUGCCAGAAAUUAGUCCAAAUCUAUCAUCAAAAGUUCGAAAGUAUUUCUCAAUUUGAUCAGCAGCUAUCAUCAUUAGUCUAUUUAAAUAAAUUUAAACAAAUUCAAGCUGCUCAAGUUGCACAUCAUCAUAUGCGAGGCUUGAAACCGAGCUCACUGUUGCAAGAGAACAAUAUCAAUAUCGAUCUUCCAUUGGCACCUGGUGACGUUUCAUAUCAACGGUCAGAACGGGAGAAAGAAUUAAAACAACAGCAACAACAACAACAACAGCAACAGCAACAACAACAACAACAACAGCAGCAGCAGCAGCAACAACAGCAGCAGCAGCAGCAACAACAACAACAACAACAACAACAACAACAACAACAACAACAACAACAGCAACAACAGCAACAACAACAACAGAUCACUCAGCUUAUUACUGGCACUGUUCCUGCACAACAACAGAUACCCACUACACCCACUAGUAUUGAAACUAUCAAACAGCAACAGCUUUCAUCUGCGAGUGCCGUAUUGACACCAGCAAUGAAUUCUCGAAUCCGUCCAUCACUAUCACAAAAUACUCCUACAUCAGUCAAUGCAUCACCUUCAACACCUUUAUCGCUCAUUCAAACAUCAUCUCCAUCCAAUCCACCUACAAUUCAACGAACUGUUUCAAAUAAUAUCAUUGUUGCUACUAACGACCAUCAUAGUAUCACUUCAACUCGUUCGCAAAGCGCCACUUUACCACCUCGAUCGAGUCUUCCAUCUUCUACGGCCAUCAAUUCCACGUCUUCAUCAUCGCAAUCAUUGAUCCCGACUACUACUACUAUUGUUGGUCAAAGGCCAAUGCAAGUUUUACCAUCCAAUAAUUUGCCUACAAAUGAAGUAACUACAUCACAGCAGAAACAAACUGGAACUGUUCAAAUUUCUGUGAAUGAUUACCGCAAUGUCCGUGGUGUUUCACAACAACACCAGCAACAGCAGCAAACAGGUGUCAAUGCAACGCCAACUACGAAUCUUCAAGUUCGUGCACCAAAUAGUUUUACACGAAAUCAAACUCAAACACCUAUGCUAACUGCUCUCGAAGGCCGUUCUCAAACUCUAUCGUCUCCAAAAUCUCAACCGACACAACCACAACAGCGACCACCGUCAACCACGCCACGUCCACAAUCUAUCACACAAUCUCAGAUUGACUACCCUGUUCAACAACAAGUUAAACCUCUCACAUCGUCAACUUCUCAAUCAACUCUUCCGAUUGCUGUUGUUCGUCCAGCGCAACAUCCGCCGACAUCAAAUACUCCACCAGUGUCAAAUUCUCCAACAUCACCUUCGAACCUUCCUUCUGUCAAUAUCACUCUACCUUCAACAAACAAAUUAGCUACAUCAGUAAAUACAACAGGAGGCGCAACAACUAUAACAAAUAAUUCUCCUCAACAACUACGUACGACAACAACAACGUUUCUACCUAAUAAACAACAACCUACAUCCCAAACUCAAACAAUUCCAACACAAAUUCGACAGUUAAUUACAAAUACGGCUAACAACCCUCUGCAAACACAAUCGACAACGAAUGCGCAACGAUUAACAGAAGCUGCACAGCGUUCACCAACGAAUUUUCAACAAUUACUUACAUCACGCGCAGCCGCUCUAUCCGGUCAAGUCCGUAAUGUGCGUAUCGUAACAUUUAACGCUGGAACCACCCCAACGACAGGCAUUGGUGAUACAACAUCGACAACAACAAUAAAUCCAUCCCAAACAACUUUGCAACCAACAAAUAUUACUUAUAGUCGCGCAAAUUCAACUUCUACAUUAAUACCACGUUCAACAAUUAAUAUCGAACAAGACAUUUCACCUCAUAUAGCAGCACAAAUACAACGUCUUAAAUCAUUCGAAGUUACAACUACAGAUGCUAAUGAUCCAACCCAAGCUCCACGUGCAGUACUUGUUCCAGCACGAACAAUAUCUGGUGCAUCAACACCGUCGACAACAACUGUAGGUCCAACGGCCAAGAUCAAAUCUACAUCGUUAAUUGACCCAGCAGCGCUCGGCUUGACAGGUAAAACCUCUCAAGCUAAUUUUGUUCUUCAAUUACCAUCAAUAACAACCUCACCGGGUGGAGAUGAUCAAGCAACAACAAAUGCAUCUGGAUUAUUUCGACAAAGUCUGAUGCAACAGUUAAAUUUAAGACCAUCAAAUAUAAAUCAACGCGCUCAGUCGCCAACAACAAUUUCCAGCGCGACAAAUUCAAUGACUUUGAAUCGAUUAGUUCCCCAAUUUCAUAUUCGUACCACAGCUGCGCUCAGUUCUUCACCUACAACAACACAACUGUCAGCUGGGCAAGUUAUGAACGAACAAAUAGCGUCAUCAUCCCCUCCACCUGCCUCGUCUUCAUCUUCUACGACUUGA